AUGAAGUCCUUCUCGAACGUUGCUCUUGCCCUGCUGGCUGCGACCAGCAUGGUCGCUGCUGAGUUGUCAGCCUCGGACUGCGCUCAAAUGUGCAUCAACAACAUGAACGCCAAGGCCUCUGAGCUCAACUGCAAGUCUGGUGACAUGGCUUGCCUGUGCAAGAACCAGGACUACCAGUAUGGUAUUCGUGACUGCACCGCCCAGGCCUGCCCCAACGAUGAUGCUGCCGCUGUUGUCAAGAUGGCCCUUGCCUCGUGCCCUAGCUCGGGCUCCGAGACCACCACUGGCUCUGGAAGCGAGAGCACCGGCACUCAGUCUGGUGAUAAGACCACCACUGGUUCGGGUUCGGGUUCUGGCUCGGCCACUACCACUGGCUCUGGCAGUGAGAGCACCGGUACUGGCAGCGAAACCACCGGCACCAACUCCAAUGGCAGCGGCACCGCUACUGGUACUGGCACUGAGGCCACCGGCACUGGCGCCACCGGCACUGGCGCUUCCACGAUGACCACGAUGACCACGACUGCUAGCGGCUCCGAGUCGUCUUCGACUGUCUCCAACUCGGGCUCGGGCUCGGGCUCGGGCUCGGGAUCCUCCACCGAGUCUGGUGGUUCUGGCUCGCAGAGCACUGGAUCUGGCUCCUCUGGCUCGAGCACUGCUGCUUCUUCCAGCAGCACUGGUGCGGCUCACCCCAUGGCGACUGUCGGUACUGGCGCUGUUGGUGCUCUGGGUCUGGCCGCCCUGUUGGUGCUGUAA